ACUUUUCUCCACCCUCUCCCCCUCUCCACGCUUUCCUUUCCCGAAGCAAAUGCAAGCAAACAUAACACACAAACAGCUUUGCGUGAGGCCUGCCGCGGUCGUGUCGUCGCUGCGCUUUCCUGUCCGCGAUCAGCAUCCCAUUCAUUCCACCUUCGUCGUUCCAUCGGGUCGGCGACGACGCUCGUCGGCCAUGCUUCGCUUCCCCGACUCCCUACGGACAAACUCGUGCGUGAAUACCGCCAGCUGAUCGUGAACCCUCGUGUCUUGCGAAAAAACAAGAAGUGAAAACACGCAAGAGACCCCCGCGCCUCCGCGACACCGUCGCCGACAAGCCAUGAAGGACUCUACGGCGUCGAACCACGACCGCUGGCGAACUCCGGUCAGUCUAGUUCUGCCUAAGGUCCGUUACGAACACUUGUUGGCCGGCGUCACGGGCGGCGUUACGUCGACGCUGGUUCUGCACCCGCUCGACUUGCUCAAAAUCCGACUCGCAGUCAACGAUGGGCAGCUGAAGAGCCGCCCCCAGUACCGGGGCAUCCUGAACGCCGUCUCCACCAUCAUCAAGGAGGAAGGCAUUCGGGGCCUGUACCGGGGGGUCGCCCCAAACUGCUGGGGGGCCGGCACCUCCUGGGGACUCUACUUCCUCUUCUACAACUCCAUCAAGAGCUGGAUGCUUGAAGGGUCUGCCGACAAACAACUCGGUCCUGGGAGGCACAUGAUGGCUGCCGCAGAAUCGGGGCUCUUGACGCUAGUGAUCACCAACCCCAUCACCAUGGUGAAGACGCGCAUGUGCCUCCAGUACGCCGAUCACCACAUGGACGUGCCGGCCACUCGCCGCUACUCCGGCAUGCUGGAUGCAUUUCACAAAGUCUACAAGUACGAGGGCGUCACGGGACUCUACAGGGGUUUCCUUCCUGGCAUGUUCAACGUCUCCCACGGAGCACUGCAGUUCAUGAUCUACGAGGAGAUGAAGAAGGCCUACAUGAGCCACUUCCACAUCCCCGCACAGGCCAAGCUGGGCACGGUGCAAUACCUGGCGUUUGCGGCCCUGUCCAAGCUGCUGUCUGCGAGCGUGACGUACCCGUACCAGCUGGUGCGCGCCCGUCUGCAGGACCAGCACAGGGACUACCAGGGACUCAAGGAGGUGGUGGCAAGGACAUGGAGGUACGAGGGUCUGCGUGGCUUCUACAAGGGAGUGACGGCCUACUUCCUCCACGUGACGCCCAACAUCUGCAUCGUGUUCCUCAUGUAUGAGAAGCUGGCCCCGGUGCCCGAACACCGCUCCUAGCACGCCCCGGCGGAGGCCCCGCUGCGAGAGGGCGGCGCCAACAGCGGCAGGGUCACCGACGCCCUGGACGGCGCGCCGUGAACUCCGCUCCCGACGGUUGCCGAAGUAGACGCACCGGUCGAAGAUGCAUUCUAGGCACCGUAGCAGAAGAGCGGUCGAUCGUUGGCGCGGACGCAAACUCCUUCUUCGUCGAAGGAGACGCCGCGAGCUGGUUGCCAAUGCGUUCACGUUGUAGGGACCCGAGGCAUUUGGAGAAGGUAGUGAAAGGAGGCGUCAAUUUGUUGACGAAAGAGAGUGUUUGAAACAGUACCUUGCUUUGUUGUAAGUUGGAGCGUAGCCUAAGGCCAAAAUACGUACAAGUACGGAUACGUAUACAGCGACGUCUCGUUAAUAUGGAUCCCAUUAAAUUAGAUACCUUGCUAGAGACAAAAUUUGCGGGGACGGACUCAGUAAAUACGUGCAUCUUUGUCUCGUUAUUAUGGACGAAUCGUUCUAUGGCCGUCCGUAUUAACGAGACGCGACUGAACUAAAAGCGCAAGUUCACUGCGGUUAAUGCGUGCUGUGAUGUUGUGCUUUUGUCCCCGCGUGAUAGACCCCGUUACUGCGUGGCGUCAACUGCAACUCCGACUUCAAGUGGCACAAAGUAUAGGUGGGAGUCGAUCGACAGUAGCAGAGAACACGAAGGUGUAUCGGAAGACUAACAAACGACUCAAUGGGUGAUCCCUUGGAGUGCCUAGAGCAAUGACCCGAUUUUUCAAAAACAUUCUCGUUUCAGUAUCUCAUCUAGGUCAUCCAAAACUGCGGUGCUCAAAAGCAGUUGCGUGUCUGUGACAUGCCGUGGUUUGAGGACGGCAGCUUUGGGUGACAAACAUGGCCAGAAGGCACCUGAGAACAGAUGACGUAGUAUGGUAAGGGGUUGUCUGCAAUAACGAACAAAGGGGGUAAUUGCAGCCCGUAACAACUGGGCUUGAGUGCUCUUUUUGGCACUGUCGGGCUGCAGGCAACGGUCAAUUAUAGUGUAUCUGGUUUGUGAAACAAUUCUGUAAGAUACCAGAAGGCAAGCCUUUGUUCCAGUUAGCGCUUUGCUCGAAAGGAAACAGGCUUGUGUAAACCAGUCCAAGUCCUGUGCACUCUCUUUUGUCACAAAAUGUCGCCAAAUGUCACAAAAAAUAUAUCGCGAAGCGCGAGUUUGGGUUUUCUACGACGUGCAGCGUUCGCUUCGGCUGUUCCGGCUUCAUUAUAAUACCUAGGAAGUUCUUAGUCAAUCGUGGAGCACGUUCUGAGCUCUCUCUCGCUGUGUUCCUUCCGUCGUCGUGCGAGCCGUCGUCGGCGAAGGCGCGCCACGAAACGAUCCAGUUGUUCCAAAGGCCGUCGAGCAUUCGGCUCCGACGACUACGUUCCUAGGUUGUUUCAGUGUACAUUUUAUUUCCCCAUUUUUGUCGUUAUUUAUUGACUCGUUUGUUUCUCGCACCGCACUCGUCGUCGGUCGCGCUCCCCCCUCCCCCCCCCCCCUCCCUUCCCGACCACGCGACGUCGGCGAAUCUCGUCAACUUCGGGACGGUCUCGGUGCCCGCCUGGUUGCGGUUUCUUCAUCCCUGGCCUCGUUAUCUUCUCGUCGAGACUGUGAUAAACGUUUCUCAAAACGUACGAAAAGAGUUGCAGAAAGGAAAAAUAGGAAGAGCAGAUACCAAAGCUCGUGGUCGGUGCAGCGAACGUUAUGGACACACGAACAAAUGACGGGAGACAAUUCUUGCCAUUAGCUGAAUGCUCCGUGUCGCAUGGGCCGUGUGCUGCCCGGACGAAGGGAUGCUUGCAUCUUUGCACGCUACCUAGAUUGUGAUGACUUGUACAGAGCUACUGUUGCCAGAAAGUGUUUUAGACGAUAACCGGUCACGGGAAGAGCAUCGACGGAAACCCUGUAAACAAUCUGCAGAGGUCGCAGCGGCGGCCACCACCUGUAAAUUAUUUUUCUUGUGCUUUGUUGUUCUUGUGCUGUAUAAAGGAUUUAGCUUGCAA